GUGGAAGAAGAAGAAGAACUAGUUGCCCUCAGCGUAGAACAGAUCUUUGAGAACACGAAGGUACCUUCAUGGAGAGAGCAGCUGACCCUGAGAGCCUUUGUGGUGGGGUUGCUUCUUUCAGUCCUCUUCAGCUUUAUUGUCAUGAAGCUCAACCUCACCACAGGUAUCAUACCUUCCCUUAAUGUCUCUGCUGGGUUAUUAGGGUUCUUCUUCGUGAAGUCAUGGACAAAGUUCCUGGAGAAGACUGGUUGGCUCAAAGUACCCUUUACAAGGCAAGAGAACACCGUUAUCCAGACCUGCGUUGUUGCGAGCUCCGGGAUCUCUUUUAGCGGAGGUUUUGGGAGUUACCUCUUUGGAAUGAGUGAAGUUGUGGCGCAGCAAACAGGUUUUAAUAAUGCUCAGAAUGUUAAGAACCCACAAAUUGGAUGGAUGAUUGGCUUUCUUUUUGUCGUUAGUUUUAUUGGGCUCUUAUCGGCGGUGCCUCUUCGGAAGAUCAUGAUCAUUGACUUCAAACUGACCUACCCAAGUGGCACUGCAACUGCUCACCUUAUAAACAGCUUCCACACUCCUGAUGGAGCCAAACUUGCCAAGAAACAAGUCAGGACAUUGGGCAAGUUCUUCACCUUCAGCUUCUUGUGGGGUUUCUUUCAAUGGUUCUACACUUCAGGAAAUGGUUGUGGAUUUUCAAGUUUCCCUACAUUUGGUCUCCAAGCCUAUAAUAACUCGUUUUACUUCGAUUUCUCUUCAACUUAUGUUGGGGUUGGGAUGAUCUGUCCACACAUCAUAAAUGUAUCAGUGUUACUUGGAUCAAUUAUCUCAUGGGGUAUUAUGUGGCCUCUUAUAGGUGCAAAAGCAGGUAAUUGGUAUCCUGCAGGCCUUGCACCUGGCAGUCUCAAUGGCCUACAAGGUUACAAGGUUUUCAUAUCAAUUGCCAUGAUCCUAGGAGAUGGUCUAUACAACUUCAUGAAGGUGUUGAGCCGAACAAUCAUCGGCAUAUCUCAAGAAAUUCGUGACAAAAGGAAGGCGGUUAUCCCUGUUGUCGACGGCGACUUACCUGAAAAAACAUUUCCCUCUUAUGAUGAUGAACAACGAACCAAACUCUUCCUCAAAGACCAAAUUCCAAUUUGGUUUGCAUUAGGAGGCUAUGUUACUAUUGCUAUAAUCUCCACUAUUACUGUUCCAAAAUUCUUCCCCUCUUUCAUAUGGUACUACAUCUUGGUCAUCUACAUUGUUGCACCCAUUCUAGCAUUUUGUAAUGCAUAUGGCUGUGGGCUCACUGAUUGGUCCCUAGCCUCCACAUAUGGAAAGCUUGCCAUCUUUACCAUUGGUGCAUGGGCUGCCUCAUCAGGAGGAGGGGUUCUAGCAGGUCUUGCAGCUUGUGGUGUCAUGAUGAACAUAGUCUCCACUGCAUCUGACCUCUCACAAGACUUCAAAAGUGGGUACCUGACCUUGGCUUCACCAAGAUCAAUGUUUAUAAGCCAAGUGAUUGGGACUGCAAUGGGUUGUGUUAUCUCUCCAUGUGUCUUUUGGAUCUUCUACAAGGCUUUCCCUGAUCUCGGAAUAGCUGGGUCACAAUACCCAGCCCCUUAUGCAACCGUAUUCCGUAGCAUGGCUAUGCUAGGUAUUGAGGGGUUCUCAGCUCUGCCCAGCCAUUGCCUUGAACUUUGCUUCGGCUUCUUUGUUGCUGCAAUUAUCAUAAAUGCAAUCAAAGAUAUUGUAGGAAAGAUGUGGGCUCAGUACAUUCCAGUCCCAAUGGCCAUGGCAAUACCAUUUUACAUAGGGUCUUACUUUACCGUUGACAUGUGUGUUGGAAGCUUGAUAUUAUUUGUGUGGCAGAAGGUAAACAAAGCCAAAGCAGAUGCAUUUGGGCCUGCAGUAGCUUCUGGUCUGAUAUGUGGUGAUGGGAUAUGGACCUUGCCCAGUUCAAUACUUGCUUUGGCUAAGGUUACUCCACCUAUCUGCAUGAAGUUUUUGUCAAGCGCGGAUAAUAUCAGAGUAGAUAAUUUCUUAAGUUAA